GCGCCUUCUUAGUUCUACUUUCUCCGUGGGCCCCACCCACCUCUUUUUCUAUUUUCCCUUUCAUUCUCGAACCCACGGACGCCCCCCUUUUUCCUUUCCUAUCCUCUCCUCUCCGAAACUUCUAGAAACAACUACAACCUACCGCUCAUUUUUCCGGUUCCGACCCUCUUUCUGCCCUCUCAGUAACCUUAUCAGAUCGAUCAAGGUAACCAAAUAAUAUCACAAGUUAUUCUUCUUCACUUAUUUAUAUUUAUUUUCCUUUUGGAUUUGAUAAUAUUAAGAGGAACCAGGAUAGAUAGGUAGGUUCUAGCCUUUCUGUUAUCAUUUUCGAAACAAACCAAAUUGAAACUGUUUUGAGUUUUGUUUAGAAGGCUGUUAUGAAUGAAACUUUGAAGCUUAGAAAAGCGGUUAGGUAGCUAGGUUUCAGUUUCAGAUCUGGUAGAGAGCUUCAUCAUGAAGCCAUUACCGGCGGAGCAAACCGGUGAAUCAGCGCCGACGGAGUUGCAGAGAUCCAUUCCGACGCCUUUUCUGACCAAGACGUACCAGCUCGUCGAUGAUCCCUCCGCGGAUGACCUAAUUUCCUGGAACGAAGAUGGCACCAGCUUCAUCGUUUGGCGACCCGCGGAAUUCGCUAGGGAUUUGCUUCCUAAGUACUUCAAACACAACAACUAUUCCAGUUUCGUCCGUCAGCUUAACACCUAUGGUUUCCGGAAGGUUGUCCCUGACCGUUGGGAAUUCGCCAACGACUGUUUCCGGCGAGGCGAGAGAGCUCUUCUUCGCGACAUACAGCGCCGGAAAUUACUGCCGGUUCCGCCUGCAGCCGCGGCACCGACAGCAGUCACAGCUAAUACGGUGACGGUGGCUGUGGCGGCACCGGCGGUGAGAACGGUGUCUCCGACGACUUCCGGCGACGAACAGGUACUAUCCUCGAACUCAUCUCCGAUUGCUGGGAAUAAUAAUAAUACAGUGCACCGUACCACAAGUUGCACCACUGCGCCCGAGCUGCUAGACGAGAAUGAAAGGCUUAGGAAAGAGAACAUGCAACUGAGUAACGAGUUGAGUCAAUUGAAGGGUUUGUGUAAUAACAUACUCGCUUUGAUGACCAAUUAUGCUUCUGGUUUUAGCCGCCAGCAGUUAGAAUCCUCCACUAGCGCUGCGAGGACCGUGCCGGUGCCGGAAGGGAAGGCGGCGCUGGAGCUUUUGCCUGCGAAACAUGUUUCAUCGGCUGAUGAGGCCGGGCAUGUAGGUGGUGCCGCGCCGUGCGCGACGGCGAACGCGGGGGAAGCAGAGGUUCCGAAGCUGUUUGGGGUUUCGAUUGGACUGAAACGAUGUAGGACAGAGUGCGAGGGCGAAGCGGAGGGAGAAGAUCAGAAUCAAAUGCAAACGCGAGCACAAGCACAAACGCAAACACAAUCGUCGCAAGAACCAGAUCACGGUUCAGAUGUGAAAUCUGAACCGCUUGAUGGCGAUGACUCGGAUGAUCAGGAUCAUGAUCCUCGUUGGUUGGAGCUAGGUAAAUGAAAUGAUGCUCCUCAUUCUUCUAAUUUGGUGAAAAUGACAGAAGGCACGUGACUUGGGUGGGGACACGCUGUGCACUCCUGCUGCUGUACUAUUAGCGCUGCGACGCUGCCAUUGAUUGGGCCAUGUAUGUAAUGUAACACGUUACGCUAGAUGGAAAGGGCGGAUGACCAUCCUUGUAUGUAACUCGCGGAUGGGAUGAAAAGUGUCAAAGUCAAGCUUUGCUUGAGCGCCAAAAUUUGUAAUAUAAGGAUUUAUCUAUUCUUGAUAAGCUGGGGUUAAAGAACAUGUCAAAAUGGAGUAACUGAAGCAACCCCUCAAAGAUUCACUUCUCGUUUUCCUUUUUAAGGAACAUUUGUGGGUUACAGCAAAAUAUGUAGAUAAACGUGUCUGACAUCAUUACAUUUUUCGAAUUUGAUUCGUGUAUUCUAAUGUUUCCAUCCUUUGAACCGAGUUGUUCCUAAGAUUCAUAAUCGUACCAUGUUUCUUUUUAAUGA